AUGCGCAUGUACCAUCGAGGAGAAAUCCCGCCAAUGGACGGUGAUAGAAAAGGCGGAAGCCCGCUUGGGAAAAGGAAUCGUGAUGACCACGACGACCUACCUCCACCACCGAAGCGACAAGUCAGCAUGAUCAUGGGAGGCCUCCUGGAUAACGACGAUUCCAUAUCGGCGAUCAAGGAAUACGAACGAAAGGCCGUCGCGGCACAACGCUACCCGUAUAUCCAUAAAGGGAUCCCUACCAUCUCCUUUACGGAUAAGGAUGCGAGCGGGCUGGACAUCCCUCACCUUGACCCACUCGUAAUCACUCUACAGAUCCACGACUGUGACGUCGCGAAGGUCCUGGUUGAUACCGGGAGCACGGUGAACCUCAUCUUUCUGGAAACACUGAACCGCAUGGGGUGGAGGAAGGAUCUAUCAAACCUACAUCCCGUCCCCUCACCGGUUUCACCGCCGAGCAUGUUUACAGCUGUGGCACAGUCCGGCUCCCCGUUUAUGUCGGCGGAAUUUCAAAGCUCUUGA